AUGUCGACCCAAUCCUCCACGGAUGGGUCCGAGCGUGGGACAUCCUUUUGCCAGCUGAAUCAUUGGAGUCUCAGUGGUGAUUCGGGAAUUUAUCCGGCGUCCCGCUCGAAGUCUAGACGAUCCGCACCAGAACUACUCCAAGGUGUGACUGUUGGACCCGGGCGCAAUAAUAGGGCGCAGUGUGCUCUUGGGAUAAGAUUCCAUAUACACAUUAUGCAAUGCAAUGUGUCAGUCAAACACAAGGUACCGGUAUCCCUGAAAGUUUCCUUGCUACUUUAUCUAAGGGGAUAUACAGACCCGAUGAAUCCAAACCUACGCCGCCCACUCCCAAGACUAUGUAGCGUCGAUAUGCCUUCCAGGAAGCCAUCCAUCUCACAGAAACGUCAACGCUCCCUACACUAUCCAACAGACGAAUCUGAGACUGACAAUGAUUUCGGUGAUGAUCCAAGGGACAUGAUAGGCAUCCCAAUUGGAGAUGAGGACAGGGUCAUAGCCUACUAUGCAGAGGCCUUCAAAGCAUUUCAGCAACUUAACUGCCGUCAGAUUGCCAAGGCCUAUAUCAAGGCCAUCGAACCGCGGAAGCAGGCCAGACAUCCCUAUAACGGAGGCAAAGUUGCUCCGGGGGAAGAAAGAGAUCCUGAAAAAACUAAACCAUCCUGGUGGCCCGCCGGCGUGAUACAUAAGGAGCCUGAUCAUUUGAAGAAGAUUGACCGGAUCAAGCUUCUUAUCCAUAUACUCCGCAAUCUUCGUCAAGCUCGGGGCAUGACCGUCCGUAAGCUGAGGGAAGCUGGGGAGGAUGUCCAACAACGCCGGCUAAAGCCACGUGAAAAGUCAGCAGUGUUGGAGGAGAUAUAUCGAGUUAGGGAAAUGGAGGAGCACUAUGAGGAUGAACAGAUUGAUGCAAGUACAUUGGUUUAUGUUACUGUCAGGAAGGGCGCCAAACGUAACUCAGACCGAGAUUCCAAAAGCCCAAGCGAGUUGGGAAAUCCAAUACAUUCCAAAAACCGUCGACUGACCAGCUCGCCAGAGAUUGAAGAAUCAGUCUCCCCAAUGGAAAGGAAGGAUGCAAUGGCAAUGACAAACCCAUUUGAGCUACGACCUGCCUUCGUUCCCAUCACAGGAAUCAAACCCGAGCAUGAGCAAUUUACGCACCAUUUCAAUAACCAGCCGGGUACUCCUAGUUGCAAUGCCCCUUACCAAACAGCCACAAACCUCCAUGGAUUGCCUUCCCCAGCUAAAGACCAACACCUAGAUCCACCAGCCGGCAAAGCCACGGGCCCCUAUCUAACCUCAUCGUCCAUUUUCUAUCCCUUCAGAUAUAGCGGCGACCCCACGGUCUACCACGGCAUAGCCAUGCAAACUUCUCAGUCCCAGCGUUCUUUCCCCCUUGCUGAUGUUCAUGGAACCCGCGACACCCACACACCGUCAUCAGACUGGUUCAUUAGGCUACCUGUGGUGGAUGACGAUUACUCCGCUGCACCCUGGGGAUGA